UUACUCUUACUUUUCAUCCUUUUUCUUUUCAGAAUCAAAGAAUGAGAGUAUAGAAGGAGAGACAUCCUCAUCUUCGUCUCUGGUUGACUCCGGCAGCUUCCUGGACGACUUCAGGAAAUGCAUCGAAGGCUUUGACCCAGCUGACGCAGCUGUGCUUAAGAUGCAGGCCGCCCAGCAGGCCACCACUGAAGCAACGGAAGAAAUCCCCAAGGGCAGUACAAAUGGACAUACGGGUACACACUUUGGGCAUAUGCCCAAGGUCCUGGAAUACUUGAAACUGAAAGAGAAUGACCUGAAGGAGGAAGGGAAGAAGUUUGUAAGUAGGAUGGGUCCGGUGGAUGAUGAUGAUGAUGCAGCAAUGUUUAAGGAAGUGACGAGAUAUAACAUCGUGGACGGCACCAUCAUGCACUGUAGAGAGCUGGAAAGACAGGCUGCGGAAGAUAGCCAGGAUGGUGAUGAUGAUUCCGAAGACAAGCUGUACGACGAAGAGACAGGAUCAAUGAGUAGCCCAAGCCAACCCAUGGAAGAGGAAUCAGGAGAGAACUUCUACCCCUGUAAAGUAUGCAAGAAGAGAUAUAUUUCCAAGUCAAGUUUACGAAAGCACAUAUGUCGGGCUGGACCCGAAGCAGAGAAAGGCCAGCCAGCCGAGGAGAUAAAGACAGAUGAUGAAGCCACUGUCACGCUACACCAUCCCAUCCCACUGCAGAUACCCAUUCCCAUUCCAAUCGACUUGAGGAGAGACACAGAGAGCAAUGACAGUGAGGUCUUGGAUAUGAGGUACCACAUCCCCAUGGCGCAAUCCUUGGGCAAUGGUCACCCAAUAAUAAGUCCUGUGACUGGCACCAUGUUACCUACCAAUGGAGAGUUUUACACGCUAACAGGAGAAGCCCUUGUCAUCAAUGAGAAUGGGAACCUGGUGCCAGAGAUCCAUGCUUGUCCCAUAUGCAACAUGACGUUCCAGCAUGCAAGCCAGCUGAUGAGGCAUAGAAGAACGCACAGCAACGAGCGUCCCUUUGAGUGUGCAGAAUGCCACCAGGCGUUCAGAAGGAAGUGCCACUUAAAGAGGCAUUGGCAGCGCAUCCACAGUGGGGAGAAGCCUUUCAAGUGUGGUAUCUGUGGGAAGGCCUUCAGUGACCGGGACCACCAGAGACAGCACGAAACCAUUCAUGGACCAGAGACCUACCCUUGCCUCAAAUGCCGCAGCGUGUUUCCAACAGAAGCAUACCUCGUUGCCCAUGUAGCAGAGCAUCCUGAUUGCAAGGCAGCCUUUGCGAAAGGAGAGGACGGGUCUCCAAAGAGGGUACGCGGGAAGCGUAAGGGAUCCCCCGGUUCCUACAGGUGUGGCCUGUGUGGAGACUUCUUCAAGAAGUUACGGCAGAUCCAGACCCAUCAACGUGUGAGGCAUCAUGAUGUAUUUGAAAAGAAGUACAAAUGCAAUAUCUGUGGGAAAGGUUUUGAUUUGAUAUCGGACUUGACACAUCACCGCCACACGCAUGCAGCCAGAGGAAGUAAAUACGAUGUGGAUAAAGAAUCAGAGAGGCCAACCAUGCUGAAGCAGAUGCUAACAAAUGCUGCAGAAAAGAAUGUGCAGAAUAAACAAGAGCUGAUGGGCAUGCUGCAACUGUUGGAGCGUCGCAUCCAGCAACAACAGAAGCAAGUCAGGAAGAUGGAAGACCAACAAGACCGUAUCUCCCAGGAGCUCGUUGACAGUACUACCACAGUGGCAACCAACAACAACAACGCUAUGGCAGAAUCAAUACUCAACAACAGCAAGUUAAGGACGCUCCUGGAGAGGAGACCACUCAGCGAAUUAACAGUACUUAAGAGAGAAUGUGAUCUGCAGCAGGGUGGCCCAGAUCCUAAGAUGCUUCGGACCAACAGGAUGGUUCUGGAUCUCUCUAACCCCAAAUCACCAAAGACACCAACUUCCUUGUCAUCUCAACCACGCCCCUCUAAUCCUGGUAAAUCCGAUGUCACCUUCAUCGGGGAACAAGCCCCGGAAGAAGCCAACCUCCUCCAAUCUUCUGCCAUCAUGGACUUGAUGACAGGGAACAGGCACAAGUGCGAAGAGUGUGGGCUGUCCUUUCUCCUCUACUCAGACUUCCGGACGCAUCGUAAGCGGCACGAGAGGGCACGUUUAGCCAUGGGGAAAGAGGAUGCAGUAGGGGGCACGACAACAGACAUGGUCUGUGGCAACCCAGAAGGAGACCGCUCUAUGUGUCGGGACUGCUGCAACCAGAACGAUUCCUCAGGGACCAAACCAACAAUGACAGUGCAUCACAAGCACGCUGAAGACACAGGGAGACAACUCCACAAGAUGGGACACAAGAUAUGGAAUGGCAAACAUAGCUCAACAAGUAGACAUUGUGAAAGGAAGUCAGAAGAUGGCAAAGAUUGUACUCAAUGUACAUCACUCAGGGACCAACUCAGCAAGGAACGGGAGGAGAAAGGUGUGUUGAAGGAGGAGGUGGAUCGUCUCCGGGAAGCCCUUGUCAACUUUGCCAAGAUGGCAUCCACGCACCCUACCCUGGGCGCCAAUAUAGGCCAGGAGCUCACUGCUCUCUUCAACCGCACAGUCACCAUCAAGCAGGAGAUACAGGAACUCGUCUAGCGCCCUCUCUUGAUGGCGGCCAAUUUCCAUACGUGUUCACACUUGUGAAAGGCAAUGUUUGUUAUCUGUUCCUGAUCAGUGUUCCUAUUGUCAAGCUAUGCAUACUGUUGUUAUGAUCAUUGUGAUGUCAGGCAAUAUAUUGGGCUUGCUUUAAUAUUUGCUAUUAAACAGCAUAGACUGCCUGUCUGCACAAGUACAAAGUUCUAUGUCUUGAAAUAUUCUCUUCUAUAAUUUCUUUUUAUUGGUGCUUAGUUGGAUCUUGUGUAGAUUAUAUUUUGGGCAUUUCGUAAAGCAAAAAAAAGAAUUUGGAGGUACGCAAAUUAUGUGAAUUUGGUACUUCUUUCCAGGAAAGUGCAAAUGAAGAACACGAUUGUAAUUUUCCAAAAAUAUGUUUUGAAAUGAAAUCUGCUUUUGGAGGAUUAGCUUCAUAUGAGUGAUUGCUGAUUGAACAUGGAAAAUAAAGCCCAUAAGUAUCUUUUUGUGAGGCUCAGCUAAAAGAAGGAAUAAGUUCAUGAAAAUUACAGCUUUUCAUUGAUUUAUGUUCUGUUUUUCUUGUUUUAUUCCCCUGCAUUCCUAAUAGUUUGUAUUGUAACUAUUCUCAACUCCAAAUGGCAAAGAAAGGAGAAAGAAAAUAAAAUCUAGAGAUGGCAGAAGAAAUGUCAUCUUUUAAAGGAAAAACUAUAAAGGAUGCUUUAACUUGUGAGGUCAUAUUAUUACAGGCAGAAUUGUCAUCAAAAGUACAAUGUACAUUUAAACUUCAAGACAUGUGUACUCUUGAAAUAUGUACUAGAGAAUUAAUACCAAAUAUACAGUGUACUCAGUACUUUUGCUUGCUACUAUUUUAUUGUUUUUGUAUCACAAUUUGAAAAAUACUACUAUUGCCAUUAGUUUGAUGAUUAUCAUCAUUUUUAUCAUCACAGAUGUGUGUUUUUAUGCAUAUAUUAUGCUUCUUUUAUCAACCUUUAUGAAAAGGUACGACUUAUUGCCUCAUGUUUAUCUCAACAUUCUAUAGAAAUAUACAGUACCAAAUUUUUUAGUCAGAAGAAUACCUAUAUUGAUGAUAUAUAUAUAUCUAUAUUAUGUAUACAAUGCUUUAUUGAUAUUUGUGUUGCCAGAAAGUACAUAGCAAAGACAGUACUAGAAUGCGUCAGAUGAUUUAGUUUGUUUUGUUUUAUUUCAUUUUGAUUUUAAUAAUGAGAGAUUUACUUGAGAGAAAAGAGAUGAAGUUAUUUGAAUUAAUUGAAAAAGAAUUUGUAUGUUAGGACAGAAAUAAAAGUAGAAAAUCACUUUGAAAACAAUGUCCUAUAUUUAUCCAUUUCCGCUAGUUUUGUUGCUUAAUGAAGACAAACGUUUAUAAGUGAAUAAGGCUCCUUAUGAAAAUUGAGAAAAGCAGAUUUAUUAAAUAUUUUUUGUAAGCUUAAGUUCAAGAUUUGACUCAAAUAAUCCCGUUUUCUUUUAGAUGUAAUUGCUUGUAAUCUGUUUUCAGACAUUCUAACAGAACUUUUUAAAAUGUGGACCAAAGUAUGAUGGGAUCCAUGGCUUGUGUUUCUUUUUUACAAAAAACUCGCCCAUCUUAGCAACAUUUUCUUUUUUCCAUCGUCUCUAAACUCCAUAUCAGGAAGAGUCGGUACGGAACAGCUAAUUGCUAUAUUUACCAGCUAAUGAAAGCGCCAAGAUAAAAACAGGUUUGUCCUUCAUUCAUGAUUGUCUUGUUUUGGAUUUUAAUUUUACUCUUUGUAAUGGUUUUGCUACGAAGAUGAAAAUAGUGAAACCAUACAAAGGAGGACCACCUCCAACAAUUUGUUAAUACUUUUUAAUAAAGUGAAUAUUUUAAGAAGGAGAAAAACAUCAGAAAAUAGAUUUGGAGUCAUUAGUGAGUGUAAAAACAAACUAAUAAUAAUGCAAAAGGGAGCCAUGUAUAAAUAAAGAGAUCUGUUUUAAAGAAGAUAACAGAAUAGGUAUAGUUAUUUGAUUUUUGUUGUUCUUUCUGAUGUAAAAGCAACCAUAUUUGUUAUGAGUAGACCCUCAUUGAUAUCAUUCCUUUGUCAUCUCUUCUGUGUUUCUCUAUCUUGAGAUUUAUGCCUUGCUUCUGAGAGGGGUUCAAUUAAAAUGUUUUUUGUGGGCAAACAACUCUCUCACACUCUCUCUCUCUCUUUCUCUCUGAGAACAAUUUUGCAUGUUAUUUAGAAAGCUGUCUCUCUCAAUUUAUAUGUUUUACAAAUCUAUAUAUCAAUGCAAAUAUUAUCUAUUGUACUGUCUGCAUAUUAUUUACUUUAUCUCUGUAUUUUCUUGUCUAUAAUAUUUUAUGCAUGUUCAGAAUUAUAUUGCAAUAGCUAUUACUAGAAAUUGGUGGAAGGGAAAUGAAUUCUCCCAUAGAUGUAAUAGACUGUUCCUAUUUCUUUGUUGGUGUUUGCAUGUGAGCCAAUCCACUUCAAAAAAUGGGGAGGUGUUUGUAUCUUAGGGAAGUAUUUGAUGGACCAAAUGAAAAUUCUUUCCAAUGAGUUUGUCAAGGAAUAUAUUUCUGCACCAAAUAUGUUUACCUAUCCAUGAAAUAUCAAGCCAAUUCGUACUUACAAUUAAUUAUGCUAAUAUUUUUAAAUGAUAUUUUGAAAUGGUAUUUUGUUGCAUAUAUACUAACUCAAUGAGAUACUUUGUCUAGCUUGCCACUUCAAACAGCUCAAACAUUUAUUUUGAUUUCAUUUAAUUUAAUUUGAUAUUUUGAUUUAAUUUAAUUCAAUUCAAAAUGAGAUAUAUUGCUGUGUGUAAGCAAGGUACUAUUGUUAUAAAUGUAUGGAUAGUAAAUGUGCAUCAAAGAAUGCUAUUUGUGUUUAAAACGUAAA